GUCACUUUGUCUUCGCACGCGUGUGCCAUCUCCACGCCGGAUUUGGGUUGCGGGAGUUGAUUGGCGUCACAACGGUGUCACGAGCCGCGUGAAGUGAAAAGACGCAUGCAGAGCGGGACCGCGCUCACCUCACCCACCGGCGACGCGCCGCUUCUUAGCAAUCCAUCCACUCCUGGUAGCAUCUCUGCUGAAAGUUUUGGGGUGAGUGGGACAGACGAAUUUGCCAAGCAUUUGUGGACUGGCGCUAGAGGGGGUCUGGGAGUUUGGCCACAGGCAAAAACUGAACCUGAAAAAUCAUCACAGUGAAAUUUGUGCUGAUGUCUAUACCAAUCUGGAAGUCAGAAACAUCAGUAAUCUGUCCAAACUGGAGGCAUCCACCUACUGUGGUUCUUCUCCGCCUGAGAUGUUCUGCCAACUCGGACGGAAGCGUCUUGUAGUGCACUCAGUCCCACUUGAUGCCUCUUGUUGCUAUUUUAUUUUUGCCAGUGCAGCUGAUAUGGAUACAAUGGCUCAAGCUACUUUGGGAGACACGUUUCUGAAUUGUUCUGAGUUUCUCAGCAUGUCCUGCAAUAGCACACAUCUCAAUAAAACUCUCAAUGCUACAGAUUCCCAGGAAUUCUUUUUUAUCGAGGAACUUCUCUUCAAAAUUCUAGGCCCCAAAAGAUCCUCCUUCUUCUUACCCAUUUCUUUGAUCUACCUUGUCAUCUUUGUGACAGGAGUGUCAGGAAACCUUCUCACCUGUGCUGUUAUAGGAAAACAUAAAAAAAUGAGAACUCCAACCAAUUUGUAUUUAUUCAGUUUGGCUGUGUCUGACCUUCUGGUGCUACUUUUUGGGAUGCCCUUAGAGAUCUAUGAGAUGUGGCAAAACUACCCAUUCCCAUUUGGAGAAGGAGGCUGCUAUUUUAAAACCUUUCUCUUUGAGACAGUCUGCUUUGCCUCAGUUCUGAAUGUCACCGCCCUCAGUGUGGAGAGAUACAUUGCAGUGGUCCAUCCUCUAAAGACCAAGUAUGUCAUGACCAACACUCAUGCCAGAAAAGUCAUCUCUAUGGUCUGGAUUAUAGCUUUGAUCUGUGCUAUUCCCAACACCUCUCUUCAUGGAAUUUAUUAUGUAUACCUUCCUUCAUUCAAGAAGAUCGAGGAUUCGGCUACGUGCAGCCUAUUAAAGCCAAGGUGGAUCUACAACCUGGUGAUUCAAGUCACAACAGUCUUUUUCUACUUCAUUCCCAUGACCAUAAUAAGUGUCCUGUACUUGAUGAUAAGUUGUCGUCUUAACAGAGAGAGAAAGUUUCCUGUUGGCAAACUUGGAAAGAACUGCAGCUCCAAAACCAGCUGGAAAAUCCAUUUGGAGACUGGCAGAAGACGACAAAUCAACAAGAUGCUAUGUGUGGUUGUGGUGGUUUUUGCCAUCUGCUGGGCUCCAUUCCACAUCGAUCGCCUACUCUGGAGCUUCAUCACAAGUUGGACAGACUUCAUGCAUGCUGUUUUCCAGUAUGUCCAUGUCCUCUCAGGGGUCUUCUUUUAUCUUAGUUCAGCGGUCAACCCCAUCAUCUACAAUCUGCUUUCCACCCGCUUUCGGGAGAGGUUUAAGGAGUUGAUGUGCAGAAAGAACAAUGCCAGCACCUCGCACAACAGCUCCCCUGCAUUUUCCAGAAUCUUGAAAAGCCCAUCCUUGGAUGACCAUAUGAAAGGCAGAGAGGAGCGGCCCAAGUGUCUACACCCAUCGGUGAUAUCUCAUCUAAGCUGGGAUCACGAGGAUGAGACCACUGAUAUGUAAACUCACAUUUACAAAGGCAACUCCAUUGCCUAUACCGUGUUAAAUUUGAAUGUUAACCAGCUAACGUCAAACUGCCCACUAACAUGAACAGAGUGUCCUGUGUCUAAGACCUGUGAAUGUGGACUUUCUCAGGCAAAAAUGAGCAGCUUUUUUUAUGACAAACUGUCAGUACUAGACGGUGUUCAUUGGGUAUUUAAAGGGCACGAUACAGUGGACUCAGAA